AUGAAAGAUUUGCAUACAAACAUUAAAGAAAAGUUGAAAACCGGUCUUGGCCGCGUUGAGUAUUAUGCAGUGACUACAGAUGGUUGGACGUCAGCCGCGAAUGAGGGUUACCUGACGGUAACAUGUCAUUUCAUGACGGACAAUCUCAAAUUGCGUACAACAGUUUUGUCCACUAAAAAACUGCUCGUGGAAUCUAACCACUCUGCUGAAAAAAACGCAACACCAUUACGCGCAAUUUUUGAGGAAUGGCAAAUUGUGUGCACUCUAUGUACAUCAAAAGCUCCGCUGCCAUUGACUGCGGAUGAAAAUGAAAUCCUAACUGAUAUGAGAGAAAUCCUUGAACCUUUUGAGAAUGCCAUUGUACUUGCAUCAUCAAGCACUAAUGUUACAAUUUCAUUGCCUAUACCUAUUGUUUAUGGAAUUCUUCAAAGCCUUGAAGAGUGUAAAAGCAAAUUAAAAACCGUUGAAGCAUUUGACGCCUGUGUCUUUAUUAUUGAACGGCUAAAGAAAAUGAUGUUUGUUUACGAAGAACGUUCGGUCACAAGGUUGGGAACAUUGCUUGAUCCGUGGUUCAAGAAGGAAGGAUUUCGCUCAAUUAACAACGCGGAGCUGGCACAAAAAGCCUUAGAAAAUGAACUUGCAUCUUUACAUCCUGCAACCAAUAUUCCAGACGUCGCUGAACCGCCAACAUCAGGAACUUCUUCGCGGCUACAAUCCAGCCUCUUCAAAUUUUUAGAAAUGAUCCCAAUACAACGUGCUAUUAAUGAAGAAGAAGCCCAAGAAAUAAAAAAAUACUCAUUUUGGCAGAAAAAUGAGCAGAUAUUGCAGAGUUCUAGAGCUCAAUUCAAGGACUGGCACGAUGUGGACGCCAUGGAAAGAGAAGCAACUCGCACAGGAACUGGCGAGCGCGGUGAACCGGCAUACAUUAAUGAUCCAUCGAAGCUGCAGCUGAAACAACAAAUGACCAAAAAAAACGGGUUUAAUGCGUUGUUAUCAGAUGUGAUUUCUGUUAAUCGUUCAGUGCCGGAUAUACGUUUCCGUGGAUGCCGAAUGAUGAAAUAUUUUGCCGAUUUGCCAACUGUUAGCAUAAUAAUACCCUUCUACAACGAACACUUCAGCGCUUUGUUACGAUCUUUGCAUAGUGUUGCCAAUCGUACGCCACCUGAGUUGAUAAAAGAAAUAAUACUCGUUGAUGAUUUUAGCGAUCGAGUCGAGUUAAAGACACAGCUCGACGAAUAUGUUAAAAAGUAUUUUCCGAAAGUAGAUAUUAUACGAUUACCAAAGCGAAAGGGACUGAUCUUGGCGCGUCUGGCUGGCGCAAUUAAGGCUGUCGGGGACGUUUUGGUUUUCAUGGAUUCACACAUAGAGGCCAACUAUAAUUGGCUGCCUCCACUGCUGCAUCUAAUUGCGCAAGAUAAGCGAACAGUUGUAUGCCCCAUGAUCGAUGUGAUUAACGACGAAACCUUCGCGUAUACUGCUCAAGAUGAAGGUGCACGUGGCGCAUUCGAUUGGACACUCGAUUACAAGCGGCUUCCUAUGUUGGAACGGGAUUUGAAAGAUCCCACAAAACCUUUCGAGAAUCCUAUCAUGGCGGGUGGUUUGUUCUCUAUAUCACGAGAAUGGUUUUGGGAGUUGGGAGGAUACGAUGAUGGUUUAGAUAUAUGGGGUGGAGAGCAGUACGAUUUAAGUUUUAAGAUCUGGAUGUGUGGCGGAAGACUACUGGAUGUGCCAUGCUCACGUGUCGGGCAUAUUUUUCGAAAUGAUAAAUGGCCUGGUGUACCAAAUAAUCGUAAAGGCGACUACUUACAUAAGAACUAUAAACGCAUUGUUGAGGUCUGGAUGGACGACUACAAAAAGUAUGUCUAUCAGCAUGCACCAGGUUUGUACGAAAAAAUCAAAGAAGGCGAUUUAACAGAGCAAAAAGCAGUGCGGCAGAAUUUAAAUUGUAAAUCAUUUAAGUGGUUUAUGGAGAAUGUUGCUUUUGAUUUGGUGAAACAUUAUCCCCCGAGAGGCACUGCCGAUUUUGCAUUUGGUCAAGUGCGUAGUGUGGGAGCACCGGAUCUUUGUCUGGACACAUUAGGCCCACCGGACUACGGGCCGAUCGGAAUUAAGCAGUGUGAGGAGGACGCGUUGUUUCCCAGCCGCAAUCAGGACUGGUCCCUAAGUGAAAAUCAUGAUUUGCGCAUGCGUGGUGAAGACUACUGCUUGCAGACAACACAGAGAAAGGGAAACUCAAUGGUGUUGAUCUAUGAUUGCCACAUUGGUGAUACCGACCAGUUGUGGUAUUAUAACCGUAAAAUGCAGUGGCUGGUUUACGGGAAAAACAGGAAUUUUUGCUUAGAAGCUCGGCCUGAUUUCCAUCAAGUUGUUGUUGAUAGGUGUGUCCUUAACAAUCCAUUAAUGAAAUGGGCUUUUGUUUACGUAAAUGAAACUUUGCUCAAUAAGUAUUUUGACACUCUUCCCAAAUAG